ACACAGUAAGAUACAGUAAGGGAUUUUUAUGGACAGCUUUCAGGCAAACCUUCUCCUGUUUAAUGAGAUAAAUGUGAGCUGGCUGGAGACAAGAAAAACUGACGUAGUACCUGCUGAAGUUCAAAAUAUAUUUGAGUAUCAUGGCUAAAAAAGGGACAACAGAAUAUUUCCUGAGAUUUGUUGUUAUUCUGCUCAUUUAUAUGCAAGGACAAAUUCAGAAGAAUAUGGUGACUGCUCAAACUCCAGGCACCUCAAACCAAUCCAUAUCAGCUCUCUCAACCGUGUUACCCAUACCCACUACAACCACAUCAGACUUGUCAACGGUGUCCAAUUCUUCCACAGCAAGUGUCUCAACCAAGUCCACUUCCCCCACAACAGGGGUCUCAACCCUGCCCAAUUCACCCACAUCAGACCUGUCCUCAACAAAUCUCACCACAUCUCAGGAAAUAUUCUGGGAAAUAUUCUGGGGAAUAUCUAUCUCAACCAUGCCUACUUCCCCGACAACAGACAUCUCAACCACACCCACCCCACCCACAUUAGACCAGUCCUCAACUGCACCUACUUCCCCCACAACAGGCAUCUCAACCACACCCACCCCACCCACAUUAAACCAGUCAUCAACUGCACCUACUUCCCCGACAACAGGCAUCUCAACCACACCCACCCCACCCACAUUAGACCAGUCCUCAACUGCACCUACUUCCCCCACAACAGGCAUCUCAACCACACCCACCCCACCCACAUUAAACCAGUCAUCAACUGCACCUACUUCCCCGACAACAGGCAUCUCAACCACACCCACCCCACCCACAUUAGACCAGUCCUCAACUGCACCUACUUCCCCCACAACAGACAUCUCAACCACAUCCACCCCACCCACAUUAAACCAUCAUCAACUGCACCUACUUUCCCGACAACAGGCAUCUCAACCACACCCACCCCACCCACAUUAG